UUUCUCCCAGAGAGAUUCACUUGCACCGUCAGUUGGCAUUCAGCUGCCAUGGUGAUCGGUCGACAUUGAAUUAAAUCGUCCUUUCAUCAAGUUUUAUAGCACACUCAUACUUCAGGGCGCUUGUUUUUUAUACUUCACUUUUUUAAAUUUCAAAGUGUUCCGCCUUUUUUUAGAUAAUCGAUUUGAACUCACUGGCGCUCAUUUUUUAAAAAGUCGAUCCUUCGACAUGUCUCGACCGUCGAGAGUGUCGUCGAAGACACUGCAACGCAGAAGAAGCCUUCAUCGGUGCGUGGCUGCAGUAUUCGUCGUCAUGCUUUCAUCACGGAUGCUUGUCAUGACCGACGGUGUCACGGCCACUUUACGGCCACCACCAGCUGAAAGUGACGAACGGCCAGCCGAGAAUAAACCAGAGGAAAGUGGCGACUUCCUUGCCAUGUCUGAUGUUGGCACUGGCAAAGAACUCAACAGUCGAAAUUUCCGAGUAGCGCGUAGCGAAUUCUCCGAUUAUUGUUCGAAUGGCGAUUGUAUUAGUGGAGAUGUCCUCAAAGUUGUCAGCAAGUUGGCCAAGCGCAUUCUAAGCGAUCCGCGCAUCCUCGGUCUCCGGACGACCAGUGAAAGAUCGGCAGACGAUUACGAUGAUGUAACAGAGCCUCCCGAAGAGUCGGCGGCCCGUGCCGUUGGCGGCAGUUCGUUUGACACGCGUCCAUUCAGCCGCCGCAACGAUUUUUACGACAGCGACCGAAAUCGGCUCGAUCCUUACAAUGACGACGAUCGAAGUAGAGUCAACGAGCGGUACAAAGAAGACGAACGAAAUCGGCUCAAUGAGCGUUACAACGAUCCCGAUUCUUACCACGCACCGGCAACUCCGGACACGAGCGACAAUUACCGACAACGGGAUCGCCACAGCGACGCGUAUGGAUCCAGCCCGGCUUACGAAGAUCCUGCAAUCGAACGGGGUAGCACUCGAUCCGGUUACAAUGAUCGGGACGGAGGUUACAGUGAAAGUUACAGCGGAGGUGGGGGUGAUAGCUAUGGAGGAGGUGGGGGAUAUGGUGGAGGUGGUGGGGGGUAUGGAGGGGGAGGUGGAUAUGGGGGAGGCAGCAGCUAUGGAGGAAGUAGCUAUGGGGGAUACGAUACUUGUUGUCAGGAACAGAACAAACUUUUGCCCAUUUUAUUGGUUGGAUUAUUGGGUCUAUUGGCCUUCUUUUUAUACGUUCGGUCGACAACCACAGCAGCACCGGCUAGAAAGCGCAGCAUAGAUGAUAACGAUCUCUCUGACGUGUUGCUGGACGGUCCCACUUGGUUGAGUAUGGUCCAUGAAUUAUGGGAGCAGGACGCUGCGCUCGAAAACACCGCAUGUACCCAAGAGACUUUAUGUCGUAUGAAUCGUUUAGCUAUGGCAGCACCUGGACAAGCUGGAUGGGCCGUUUCUUUGUCGAGUUUGCCUUUGAGCUAUCUGUUGCACACGCGCCACACUGGUGGAUUCAGUUCAUACAUGGAUGCGGCGAUGAUGGGCCGUUCCGGCGCAAAUUGCACUGAACUUUACUCAAGCUGCCCUCGCCUGUCUUAUUAAUAAAUGAAUAACCGGUGACUUUUAUAAAACCCAAAUUAUAACCGAGCUAUCGUUCAAUUCGCAAAUGUUCAACAGUUAUUCAAUGUAUGCGACCUACUGUUCUGAUAUUUAUUUUAUGUGCGUUACAGAACCUGAUUUUCGAAUAUGUUUUUUUGGGGGUGAUGGAUGUGGUUAAUCUAGCUUUGUGCAACUCAUUGAAGGAUAGCUCUUUCUAUGAUGACCUUUACAAAGAUGUGAAUAAUAAACAUUUGGUGGUAUCAGCUA